AUGGCUGAUCGGAAAUUGGAAGAAGAUGGUGUUUCUGCUAAGUCCAAAGAACUCGUCGCUGACUGCAAUCCAUCUAAACCACCAAAGAGGAACAAGUACGUUUUCGCUUGUGCCAUGUUGGCUUCCAUGACUUCUGUCUUGCUUGGUUAUGAUAUUGGUGUGAUGAGUGGGGCACAAAAAUAUAUCCAAAAGGAUCUUCAUUGUAGUGACACUCAGAUCGAGAUCCUGGUCGGCAUACUGAACCUGUACUCGUUGGUUGGGUCAGCCGCCGCAGGGAGAACGUCCGACUGGAUUGGUCGUCGCUACACCAUCGUCUUAGCUGGAGCUAUUUUCUUUCUAGGAGCAAUCCUGAUGGGGUUCGCUACUAACUACGCGUUUCUCAUGGUUGGCCGGUUUGUUGCCGGUAUCGGUGUCGGAUACGCCCUUAUGAUAGCACCCGUGUACACAACCGAGAUUUCACCAUCGUCUGCUCGUGGGUUUCUCUCAUCCUUCCCUGACUUCUUCAUUAAUGUUGGAAUAUUGCUCGGGUAUGUGUCUAAUUACGCCUUUUCAGAGCUUCCGACUCACCUAGGAUGGCGGUUCAUGCUAGGAUUUGGAGCCAUCCCUUCGAUAUUCCUAGCACUGGGUGUCCUAGGCAUGCCCGAGUCACCUAGGUGGCUCGUCAUGCAAGGACGACUGGGUGAUGCCAAAAAAGUUCUUGAUAAAACCUCUGAUAACUUAGAAGAAUCUAAGCUACGACUGACUGGCAUCAAGGAAGCUGGUAGCAUCCCUAAAGACUGUGACAAUGAAAUUGUCAAAGUGGCAAAUCAAAGCCACGGUGAAGGCAUAUGGAAGGAGUUGUUCAUCCAUCCAACACCCACGGUUCGUCACAUCUUGAUGGUAACCAUUGGCCUCCACUUUUUCCAGCAAGGGAGUGGAAUAGACGCGGUUGUGUUAUAUAGCCUGAGAAUCUUUGAGAAGGCGGGGAUUGUCAAGGAUACCCCACAACUACUUGCAACCAAUGGUGUUGGAUUCGUGAAAACAAUGUUUAUUCUCAUGGCAACGUUUCUCAUCGAUAGAAUCGGGCGUCGACCAUUGUUAUUAACUAGUAUAGCUGGCAUGAGCGUAUCUAUUACUCACCAACCGCGAGGUUAG